CGGUCGCCACGGCGACCCCUCUCACCAAGACGGCUGCUGCGGUCCACCCGCAGCAGCGCUCGCGCCGCGGUGGCCAUGGUCGCCAGGGAGGUAGGGGUGGUGGCGCAGGUGGUGGUGGUGGUGGUGGUGGUGGUGGUGGUGGUGGUGGUGGUGGUGGUGGUGGUGGUGGUGGUGGUGGUGGUGGUGGUGGUGGUGGUGGUGGUGGUGGUGGUGGUGGUGGUGACGGUAGUCCGCCUGCGGGGACUACCACUGGUGGGCAGGAGCAGCAGCCCCAGCCGCAGCAGGAGCAGCCCCAGCCGCAGCCGCCGCCCCAGCAGCAGCCGCCGUCCCAGCAGCAGUCGCCGCAGUAGUGGGCCCGUCUCCCGGCUGGCUGGCC